CUCUACUCAUUUCAAUGUUUCUUCCAAUGCUUAUCAUGCAUUUCAAACCUUCAUUGUUAGCGUUUUAGUCGUUUCAUUUUCAAAUAUAUGUUUUUCGUUCCGUGCAUGAAAACUACCUCUCCAUCUUUGACUUGUUAUGUUUCCAUAUACUGUAAUGUGUGUGUAAUUCCACUAGUUUGUCUUGUGUGUGAGCAGUUGAUAAGAGAGAUGAUGAUCAACGUGAAGGAAUCGACCAUGGUGCGGCCGGCGGAGGAGGUGGCGCGGCGGGUGGUGUGGAACUCCAACGUGGACCUGGUGGUCCCCAAUUUCCACACGCCCAGCGUCUAUUUCUAUAGGUCCAAUGGCGCCACCAACUUUUUCGACGGCAAGGUUAUGAAGGAGGCACUGACCAAGGUGCUGGUGCCCUUCUACCCAAUGGCUGGGCGGCUCCGGCGAGAUGACGACGGUCGCGUCGAGAUUGACUGCGACGGUCAGGGGGUGCUUUUCGUGGAGGCCGACACUGGCGCCGUCAUCGACGAUUUCGGCGAUUUCGCUCCCACCCUUGAGCUCCGCCAGCUUAUCCCCGCCGUGGAUUAUUCACAAGGAAUAGCAUCCUAUCCCCUGUUGGUGUUACAGGUAACACAUUUCAAAUGUGGAGGGGUUUCCCUGGGAGUUGGUAUGCAACAUCAUGUAGCAGAUGGAGCCUCUGGUCUGCACUUCAUCAAUACAUGGUCAGAUGUGGCUCGUGGCUUGGAUGUUUCCAUUCCACCAUUCAUUGAUCGUACAAUACUUCGUGCCCGUGAUCCACCUCGACCCGUUUUUGAUCACAUUGAAUACAAGCCCCCACCAGCCAUGAAGACUCAACAAGCUACUAAUGCAUCAGCAGCUGUCUCUAUUUUCAGACUCACGCGUGACCAGCUCAACACACUGAAAGCCAAAUCCAAAGAAGAUGGCAACACAAUCAGCUAUAGUUCUUAUGAGAUGUUGGCGGGUCACGUGUGGCGAAGUGUAAGCAAAGCAAGAGCACUUCCUGAUGAUCAAGAAACCAAAUUGUACAUUGCAACUGAUGGAAGGUCAAGGUUGCAGCCUCCUACCCCACCCGGUUACUUUGGCAAUGUGAUUUUCACAACCACACCUAUAGCUGUGGCAGGUGAUCUGAUGUCAAAACCAACAUGGUAUGCUGCAAGCAGAAUCCACAAUGCAUUGUUACGAAUGGACAACGAUUAUUUGAGAUCGGCUCUUGACUAUCUAGAACUGCAACCCGAUCUAAAAGCGCUGGUUCGUGGGGCUCAUACUUUCAAGUGUCCAAACCUUGGUAUCACUAGCUGGACUAGGCUUCCAAUCCAUGAUGCUGACUUUGGUUGGGGAAGGCCAAUAUUCAUGGGACCUGGUGGAAUUGCAUACGAGGGGCUAUCUUUCAUAAUUCCAAGCUCAACCAAUGAUGGGAGCCUAUCUGUGGCCAUAGCUCUUCAGCCUGACCAUAUGAAGCUGUUUAAGGAUUUCUUGUAUGACAUUUGAAGAAUCAUUGCCUUCAAGCCAUAUGGAACGCCACAAUGUUUCUAGGUGGGGUUUUCUUUCCCCUCGUACCUUUGUUAUCUCUCGAUGCUUUUGACAAACGGUAUGCAACUGUUAAUGGGACUCCUUUCAGUUUUAUAUGGACUACAUUAAGUGUUGUAAAUUUUUAUAAUCUGUAAACGUAAACGAACUUUAACAACAGUUGAUUUGAUAUUACAAGUUUCUGUUCCUAAAUAUAAUGCCAUAACUGAGAGGUGUAUUUUUACAAUUCUUCUAA